AUGGGAGACGUGCCUGUGGAUGCCGCUGCACUUGAUGCGCACUUGUCCUUUUGCAUCAGAUCGAGUCACCAGUCGUCUUUCAGACCUACGUGGGAGACAGUCGGAGAGCCCACGAACUUAGUUUUUCGUCUCCCUGCUGCAAGGGGACCGUUGCCGCUGAUAGCAGUACCUCGAGCUGAAGCGGCAUCUUCCGGGUCCGGCAGUCAGGCCAAGAGACCGGGUGUUUCGGGAGACUCUCCAUUGAAGAUGGCUAAACAUUGGCACGGGAUUUCGUGGGAGUACAAGCUGGAACGAGAGCUGGUCGCGGGUAUCAGGAAGUGGGGUGUGAUUAUUAUGCACUCCCCUCUGAGCUUUGGUAUUGGCCGGCGUCUUCGGGGUGAGCAAAGACUUGAACCACUCAUCUUGGAAAGCCUCGGUCACAUUUUUGCUGGGAAGGCAGCUGGUACUCUGCAUCAGAGGGCUGGUCCGAUGCUUAGGUAUAUCCGCUGGAGUGUUCAGGCCGACGUGGACCCUUUCCCACUUGAGGAGGGGCAGGUAUACGAGUUUUGCAAGAGUUGCGAGUUUUCUUCUGCUCCGACUUUCUUGAGGAGCUUCAUUGUAUCCAUAUCUUUCGCUGUGCACGUCCUCGGUGUCACAGGUGGAGCCGAUUGCUUGAUCAGCGGUCGGGUGAUUGGCAUAGCGAGGCUCACCUACCUUGCAAAACGCAAGAAGACUCGGAGGCCGCCACUCACGGUGGCUAUGGUAGCUUUCUUGGAGAACCUUGUUUGCGAUCCGACUGCCAGGGCAAUUGAUCGAAUCUGCGCGGGUUUCUUUCUUUGCUUGGUGUUCAUGCGAGCCCGUUUUUCAGACGGGAUGAACCUUGGAAACUUGCAGUUGGACACUCCGAGUGGUCUAGCCACUGAGGUGGCUGGAUACUUGGAAGGAGAGGUGCUUCGAUCAAAGACGUCUUUCACGACCGAGAGAAAGACGAUGCUUUUGCCCAUGGUCUGCCCACGCUUAGGUGUCACAGGACUCGAUUGGGCAGGAGUGUGGAUGAAGCUCCGGGAGGUUCACAAGAUGCCGACGGGCAGCGGUGUGCCGCUGCUCCCUGGUACAGGAGCUUCGGGAGAAUGGCUUCUCGUUCCACCGAGUGCCACUGUAGCUGCGUCUUGGCUGAAGGGCAUUUUGAGCAAAGGAGGUUUUGAUCAUGGGGCUCUCGCCAAAUUGGGCACUCAUUCGUGUAAGUGCACUACCCUCAGCUGGUGCGGUAAAUUUGGUAUCGAUCAAGCGGUGCGUCGUACCCUCGGAUACCACACCGACCGAGCUGCUGCGAUGGUCAUUCUUUACUCUCGUGAUGAGAUUUCGAGUGCUGUGCGAGCUCUGGAGAGAGUCCUUGUUGAAAUCAGGGAGGAUCGUUUCAGGCCUGAUGCCACUCGGAGCGGACAUUUUCCUUGUGAGGUGGCUGCGCCCUCAGCAGAGACAGAGGGUGAUCCUCCCGACUAUGAGUCCAACGGCGGAGUGAGUGAGUCGGAAGAUUCACAGGACGAAGAGGACAACGUUGGCGAUCUCGGAGCCGAGGAACGGGCUCUGGAGGAAAUUGGGGCCCCGUGGAGGCCACAGGGCGCUGCGAGUGAUCGCCGCAUGUUCCGGCACAAACUCUCGAGGAUCAUUCAUUUUGUGGCCGACGAGGCCGGUGCCACUUUUGCAUGUGGAACAAAGAUCUCUUCGAAUUACGUUGAGAUGGACAGUGGAGUUUCUUUCUUGCAUCCUUUGUGCAAGAAGUGCCACCCGGUCCGAUAA